UGGUGCAUGUGGCGUACUUUAGUGCGGUUUUCUGUCUAUCAAGUCUGCCAACCGGUGUCAGUUUCAGUGGAAAAUAAAACUUUAUUGCACUUUAUGUCGCGUUCUACUUCCGUUUUCUCAAUGAGACCAGGCUUACUGGUACAUUCCAUCCUUGGAUGGAAUAUGCAAGUCAUUCACUUGAUCCUUGUAGCCAUCGUUUUGGGUUUAUUGUGUCAGGAUAACCAGAGACCUGCAACAGCAUCGGCAGCAGCAGCAGCAACAACCACAACUACGCGACGCAUAUCAGAUACGAUAAAUAUUGGAUUCCUUGCGGAAUAUUCGCAUUUGCGUGUAACUCUUGGUGGUUUACCCCUUGCUGUCAAGGAUGUUAACAAGAAUCCUGACCUUUUGCCAGGCAAAACGUUGUCCUUCAAAAAUGUUGAUAUAGGUCACAAAAUGAGUGCCUAUCGUGUGAAACCGUUGAGAUUAAUGACAGAAAUGAGGGAUGCGGGAGUGACAGCCUUUAUUGGACCCGCCGAAAGCUGCACAACCGAAGCAUUGUUGGCCUCAGCCUGGAAUAUGCCCAUGUUGUCGUUUAAAUGCUCAGACUCAAUUGUCUCCAACAAGAGCACGUUUCAUACCUAUGCAAGAACACUUGCACCUGCCUCGAAGGUUUCCAAGAGUGUCAUAAGCCUUCUGAAUGCCUUUCAUUGGAAGAAACUAACAAUUGUUGUAAGUUCUAAGCCUAUUUGGGGUUCUGAUGUGGCACGAGCUAUACAGGAGCUAGCUGAAUCUAGAAAUUUCACUAUAAAUCACUUCAAAUAUAUAUCAGACUAUAUACCCAUUAAGAAGACACUUUCUCAAAUUGAAAAGAUUAUCGAGGAAACUUACUCAACGACACGCAUAUACGUUUUCAUUGGUGAACAUAUUGCCAUGGUUGACUUUGUACGUGGUUUGCAAAAUCGAAAACUACUCGAAAGCGGUGAUUAUAUUGUCAUAUCGGUGGAUGAUGAGAUCUAUGAUUCAAAUCGACGUGUUAACAUUAUGGAACGUAGUGACGACAUCUGUAACAAAAUAAAAGAGUAUGCAUUAAAAGCACCUUUUAAAUUGCCAUAUCAUCAGCGCGUCUACGAAAACAUAUCGGUUCCCAUACAUGGACUACAUUUAUAUGAUAGUGUAAUGAUUUAUGCUCGAGCAGUUACAGAAGUUCUUAAGAAUGGAGGUGACAUCUAUGAUGGAAACCUAAUAAUGAGCCAUAUAUUUAACAGAUCAUACCAUUCCAUACAGGGAUUUGAUGUUUUUAUUGAUUCUAAUGGAGAUGCCGAAGGUAAUUACACAGUAAUUACAUUACAAAAUGAUUUUAGUAGUAGCGCUAAUCACGGAUCCUUGGCCAAAAUGUCCAUGCUACCAGUGGGUUAUUUCGUAUACAACAAAAAUUCUCCUAUACCAGAAUUUCGAUAUAUUAAAAACGAUAGACCCAUACAAUGGUUAAAUGGUCGCCCACCUUUGGCUGAGCCACUCUGUGGCUUUCAUGGUGAAUUGUGUCCUCGAAAAAAGCUCGAUUGGCGUUAUCUGGCCACAGGACCAUUAUUUGCUUUAGUUCUUAUAGUGGCUAUUGCUCUAUUGGUCAAGCAUUAUCGAUAUGAACAGACACUGGCCGGUCUAUUGUGGAAAGUGGACAUGAAGGAGGUCACAGUCAUAAAUCUUGGCGAAUAUAAUAAUCCAUCGCAUAAGAAUAUUUUUCAGAUAUGCCGUCAAAGUAUUCUUGUUGUAGGAGAACCCAACAAGAGAUCCUUUACUAAUAUAGCACUUUUUCGUGGUAAUAUUGUGGCAAUGAAAAAAAUACACAAAAAACAUGUGGAUAUAACACGUUCAAUUCGUAAGGAAUUGAAGCUAAUGCGAGAGGUGCGACAUGAAAACAUAAUUAAUUUCAUUGGGGCCUCUUUGGAGCAUGGCUCGGUGAUCAUUUUCACCACAUACUGUGCACGGGGCAGCCUGGAAGAUGUUUUGGCCAAUGAAGAUCUUCACUUGGAUCAUAUGUUUAUAUCAUCAUUAGUUUCGGACAUAUUAAAGGGCAUGAUAUAUCUACACGAUUCAGAGAUAAUAUCACAUGGAAAUUUACGUUCAAGCAAUUGUCUUAUCGACUCACGUUGGGUAUGCCAAAUAUCUGACUUUGGCCUACACGAACUCAAGUCGGGUGAAGAAGAGCCAAAUAAAACUGAAUUGGAAUUGAAACGUGCUCUUUGUAUGGCGCCGGAGCUUUUGAGGGAUUCAUAUCGGCCAGCGCGAGGGUCACAGAAAGGUGACGUCUAUUCAUUUGGAAUCCUUCUUUACGAAAUGAUUGGUCGCAAAGGACCAUGGGGCGACACCACUUACUCAAAAGAGGAAAUUAUUAAAUUUGUCAAGUGUCCAGAAUUGUUGCAACAUGGCAUAUUUCGUCCAGCUCUAACACACACGCAUUUAAAUAUACCCGAUUAUAUACGGCAAUGUUUGCGUCAAUGUUGGGAAGAAGAUCCAGAAAUACGUCCGGAUAUAAGGCUCGUACGUAUGCGUUUAAAGGAGCUUCAAGCUGGACUUAAACCAAAUAUUUUUGAUAACAUGCUGGCCAUAAUGGAGAAAUAUGCUUAUAAUCUGGAAGGUCUAGUCCAGGAACGUACGAAUCUACUUUAUGAAGAGAAAAAGAAAACAGAUAUGCUCUUAUAUCAAAUGCUUCCCAAAACUGUAGCCGAAUUACUGAAACGUGGUGAUCCUGUGGAAGCGGAAUGCUUUGAUUGUGUCACCAUUCUAUUUAGCGAUAUUGUGGGCUUUACACAUCUUUGCACCACUAGCACUCCAUUUGAGGUUGUGGAAAUGCUAAAUGAUUUGUACACUUGUUGUGACUCCAUCAUAUCCAAUUAUGAUGUGUAUAAGGUUGAAACAAUUGGCGAUGCAUAUAUGGUGGUGUCAGGAUUGCCCCUGCACAAUGGAAAUCGUCAUGCUGGUGAAAUUGCAUCCCUUGCCCUACAUCUACUCGAGCAUGUGGGAAAUUUGAAAAUUCAGCAUAAGCCAACUGAAACUAUGCAAAUUCGCAUUGGCAUACAUUCUGGACCAUGUGCAGCUGGUGUUGUAGGCCAGAAGAUGCCAAGAUAUUGCUUAUUUGGUGACACUGUGAACACGGCCUCCAGAAUGGAAAGCACUAGUGAAUCGAUGAAAAUCCACAUCUCAGAAGAAACUUAUCAACUUCUUGUAACCAUAGGCGGUUAUGCUUGCAUUGAACGAGGACUAACCAACAUCAAGGGUAAGGGUGAUAUGCGAACCUAUUGGCUGACCAAUCGUACCCAGUCCGAGCUAGCUCCCGAUCUAAUUAGCACUGUGGAUACAUUGGAUACCCAUUGUUCGAUGACCAUGUCGAUGAUGUCGCAGUUUCGCAACACGGGCUCCUGCAAUUGUGCCACAAAGUGUUUAUACAGUCGUCGAUCCGAUGAUAAUGUAACCCAUGAGCCACAGUCUCUGCAAAAAAUAACCGCCCCAACACAGAUUAAUUGCAAUCAGUUGUGUGUUUGCCGCUUAAAUGGUAGCCAAGCUCUUAGCAAUCGAAGUCCACGUUCUGCACCGAGCAUUACAUUUCGUCUUUAAGCCAAAAAAAAAAAAACAAUGGACUCUUAGAUCAAUUAAAACGAGUAU